AUGAAGUUUCAAGAUUUUCUUGAAGUUGUGCAAAGAAAAGAACUGCGCGUUUUCAAAUAUCAACCCCUAAAAUACGCUUUCCAAUGUGAAACAAUAACUCCACUGACCGAAUUGCACGGCGGAGAGGAAGAAAAUGAAAUUGAUUGGUUGAAGAAUACCGGUGAAUGGUUGAAGUUUGUUGACAGCAAUCUUUCAGUCAAUCCAGGAGAAGAAUUAAAAUUUCUUUCUCAACUAGAUGCAAAAAACAUUCAACUUGUGCCUCCUCAAAGAAAUAUAAAAGACGUUUUUCACUUAAUUCGCCUAGCAUGA